AUGGCAGAUCCAUCAUCCCCUUCAACAGCAGCAGAAGAUGCUAAAAGACUGCCUAGAAAUGCAGCACCAAUACCAUGUCCUACCACAAUGCAUGAUAACGUAUCGCCACCAUUCGACGCAUUUAUAGGGUCUAUACCAACAGCAUCACCCUCUGCUUACAGCGCAUUUGACGUGGUACUCGAUGAUGGCACACUACAGAAAAGGACUGUCUCAUUGUCUACCUUACCUGAUGAUCUAGACGAGCAGGAAGAGGAGCAGGAAGAGGAGCAAGAGGAGCAGGAGCAGGAGGAGGAUUCAACGACUCAUCCAUGCCAUCACCAUCAGCUCCGAAAGGAAAGUCAGGAAACAUUGGACGAUAAGACGCCUUUACUACACCAUAAAAAGAAAUCGUAUGCAAGCAUACAGCAGGAAAUGCCCUUUGAUAUCGAUUCGUCCACCACAUCCAACGAAGACAGCGAUUCCUCUGACACUUUAGGUCCAAAGCAGAAGCGCUACAAACAACUGACACAGCAAGACGCUUCAUCCACCACCAGCAAAAGACGGUGGCUGCCUCGAUUUGAACUCACAGCCAAGCAGCAAGUGGUGCUCAAAUGCAGCUUUGCCUACAUGCUGGGCUCCCUGUUCACAUUUGUGCCUGCCAUGAACGCACUGAUCGGCUACAACCAUGUCUCCAGCCAUCUGGUAGCGACAGCCACCGUCUUUUUCAAUCCUGCGAAAUCACUAGGCGGCAUGGUAGAAGCGGCACUGUAUGGUUGGGGAUACACACUGUUUGCGUUGAUCGUGUGCCUGGGCUCCAUGAUCACAACCGAUUUCUUUGUAGAUCGCAACCUCUUUAACAUUGCGCAUGCAAUCUCUCUGGGCUUUUGGCUAGCGGGGUCUACCUUUAUUGUGGCAUUUCUAAAGGCACAUUGGAACAAACCACCUGUUGCCACAGCCUCUAGCUUAUGUUUCAUCAUCAUCUUUAUCAUUGUGGUUCGAGAAGGGUCUGCCAAUCGAGGUGAUUUUGAUACCACUCGCAUUGAACAAAUUACGUCUGCUGUGGCAACCGGUACCUUGGUCACUGUGUCGUGCUGUAUUCUGUUCUGGCCUGUAUCCGCAAGCAAGAAACUAAAGCAGGAUUUGGAGGCCACACUCAUGUCGUACAAGGUGCUUUUGAAACUGUUGACCAAGACCUUCUUGCUGGAUGAUGAUCUGCCUGAAUUCAAGGCAAACAAGUCCCUCAAAUCUGCCAUUGACUCCCAUCGCGCUAGUUUCACAUCAUUGCAGAAAUCACUGGCUGAAGCAAAGCUGGAAGUCAUUUGGAGUGACGAGAUAAGAGGCUGUACAAAGGAAUACGAUGCUGUUGUCAAGAGCAUGCAGCGCCUCGCUCAGUCGGUCGGUGGACUCAGAAGCAGCUGUGGCCUCCAGUUUGAACUCAUGCAACAGGACGGCGCAAAGAACGCAAAGAAGCCUGCUUCAUCAUCGUCCUCCUCGGCUGUAUCAUCGCGCAAUACCAAGCAUAAAAAAGGCAAUGAGACCUGGAACAUCAAGGCAGAUCAUCACCGUCGCAAAUUGGAGGGCCAGAUCAAACGUCAAAAGCAACAGCAGCAGCAGCAGCAGCAACAGCAGCAGCAACAACAGCAAGGCGCUUUUAAGCCUGAAAGAUCGACUACAGAGGAUGAAUUCUUUCAACUGCCUAACCACCAUAGCCACCAAAACCAAGAUUCAGACGACGGUACAUUGAUAGAGUUUAUUCACACCAUACGUCAACCAUUGAAAUCACUUGCCUACACAUGUAAACAAACCAUUCUUCAUUUACAAAUUGGGUUUUCCAGCAAACCUAGAACUGGGCCCAGCGAUGAAACACUCAAAAGCAACCUUAUUAAAGCCAUUGCCUUAUUUGAGGUAUCGCAGCGUCAAGCUGUGAAACGAUUAAACAAGCAUCGAUUGAAACAUCAUCCUCCUCCAAUUAGCAGCAGUACCGGUGGUGCCUCUCGCUCUUGGGCCGAUAGUUAUGCUCCCUCAGAAGAUGUGUUUUUGGUGUAUUUCUUUGUGUUCAACAUGAUUGAAUUUGCAAGAGAACUGAUCUCGUUGGUGGAAUCAGUGCAAGCGCUCUCCGUUGCCAAACAAAAGAAGCGAACCCUGUGUGCCUUGAUCUACCAGUUGUUCACCAGCAGCAAGACAUCUGAAACGACAGCGACGGCAGAGAAAAAGAAGCCUGCCUUCAUCCCCAAUGAGCGACACAAGAUGGACACUUUACACACGCCUGUGCCCAAGACACAUUGGAGACGUAUCAUCUUGCGCGUAUGGAGAACAUUUUCACUGUUUAAACUACAAAAGGUAAGAUAUGCUACCAAGGCAACCGUGGCUGUGAUUCUGCUUGCCAUACCUGCGUUUCUGGAAUCCACGGGUACCUGGUUUCGUGAAUGGCGCAUGGAAUGGGCUCUUAUUACUUUGAUGGUGGUCAUGACACCAGUUGUUGGAGGCACCAAUUUGGUCGCCAUUUAUCGUAUUUACUCUACUACGUUGGGCUGCUUUGUUGCCAUGUGUUUCUAUUUGCUGUUUCCAGACAACAUGUACAUUUUGAUCCUGUGUACCUGGCUGUUCUCUAUUCCUAAUUUCUGGAUAAUUCUUCAUCACAAGCACGGCAAAUUUGGUCAGUUCACGUUGCUCGCUUACAAUCUGGUCAUGCUCAACAAGUACAAUGACAGAGAAACACAUCGCAUCGAGGUGACUCACUUGGCACUGCAGCGAUGUCUGUCCAUUUUGGUCGGUGUCAUUUUUGGUUUGUUCGCCACUGCUUAUGUCUGGCCCUAUGAAGCCAGAGUGGAACUCAGAAAGGGUGUUUCUGAUUUUUUGCUUCGACUGGCUUGGCUGUACAAGCGAUUGGUAGCCGUCUACUCACAACGUCCUUCUUCCGCGCCUACUGAGAGUAGCGUCAUCUCAUUUGCAUCAUUGGACGAUGUGCGCGCACAAAGACAGCACACCUCGCAGGUGUUUAUGGAUGUGGAAUUAGGGCUUCAACGCACCUUACUGGAACUGCAAGAGUUGCUGAAGCAAACGCCCAAUGAGCCUCGAUUGAAGGGUGCUUUUCCGGUAGCGACCUACAGCGAUAUCUUGGCUUCAUUGCAAAACAUCACGGACAAGUUUGCCUCCAUGCGUACAGUGGUGCUCAAAGAUGCCUGGUAUGAGCAAGUGCAGCACGAUUUCAUCAACCCCGUGAGCCAAGAAAGGAAGGAAAUGGUAGGCAAUGUCCUGCUUUACUUUUACAUUUUAGCCUCGGCCAUGCGACUCAAAACGCCUUUGCCACCGUAUUUACCACCAGCACGAAAGGCAUGGGAAUCACUGAUUACACGAUUGCGACAACUCCCUGUGGUUCGGUCCAAACAGCUGCUUGAGAAGGACCAUGUCUACCUAUUCUACUAUGCUUAUGUUACUGUAUUGGAAGACAUUAUUCGAGAUUUAGACAAGCUUGGAGCCAACAUGACACUCUUAUUUGGUGCCAUCGCGAUAUUGAGCAAGACAGCAGCCUGCUACUGA